AUGACGAGCAUCUUAGAACUGAAGAUUGAUGGUAUUGGAGGACCCCUACAAGUUAGAAUACUACGAAAAUGGAAACAUGAUGUCCGGCAAUAUGAGACUUGGUACCUAGCUGUCGAAAAAUUUGCAGAUGUCAUACAAAUUCUUGGACAGCGAACAAAUCAGAGUUACAUAGAGUCCAUUCUCAAUGUUUCACAGUGUUACAACAUAUCAGAUUACAGCUGCCCUCAAUUAGAUAAGUAUAAAAAAUUCCUUGAAAAUGAGUUCUAUAUUGAUGUUGGCCUCAAAUCUGUCAUAGAACCAAUUCCAGACACAAUAACCAUACCUAAAACCUGGUUUCGCUUCGUAUCAAAGUCACAUCUCAUACAGCUUGGAGAAACACCACCAUAUUAUCGAGGUAAUGAUGACACUGAUAUAUCCGAUUACAUACCUGUUCCUUACACGGUUCCAUUUACUACUAAACAGAUUACAUUGGCGUUUUAUCAAAGAUCAGGGACUGCACCAAAGCAAAUGGGGAAUCAUUUGUGUUACUCAUACUAA